AUGGCCAUGAUGGCAUCGCUCCUCCGCCCAACGCCGCUCCUCCUCAUCGCCGCCCUCCUCCGCGCCGCGCUCCUCGUGUACGGCACCUACCAAGACGCCCACUCGGCCAUCAAAUACACAGACAUCGACUACCUCGUCUUCACCGACGCAUCCCGCUACGUCUGGCACGCGCAGUCCCCCUACGCGCGCGACACCUACCGCUACACCCCUCUCCUGGCAUGGCUCCUCCUCCCCACCGUGUCCUUCUUCUCCUUCGGCAAAGUCGUCUUCGCCCUCGCCGACCUCCUCGCCGGGUGGCUCAUCCUCCGCAUCCUCCGCCGUAGGGGCAUCCCCCCCGAGCAAGCGGGCGCCUUCGCCGCCCUGUGGCUCUGGAACCCCAUGGUCGCGACCAUCAGCACGCGCGGCAGCGCCGAGGGCCUGCUGGGCGUCCUGGCCACGGCGCUCGUCUGGGCCGCCGAAGGGCACAGGGUCAACCUCGCCGCCGCGCUGCUCGGCCUCGGCGUCCACUUCAAGAUAUACCCGUGCAUCUGGGCGCCCGCCAUCGCGUGGUGGAUGGACGACGACCGCCCGCGUCGCAAGCCGGCCCGCCGCCGCGCGCGAUUCCUGUCCCGGGACAGAAUCCAGCUCGCCGCCGUGAGCCUCGCCACCUUUACAGGACUCAACGUCCUCAUGUACGCCGUCUACGGCCGCCCGUUCCUCGUGCACACCUUCUUCCACCACCUCACUCGCAUCGACCACCGGCACAACUUCUCGCCCUACAACGUCCUGCUGUACCUCGCGUCCUCGCGGCCAGGUAUCCCCCUGCACGCCGAGUCGCUCGCCUUCCUCCCGCAGCUGUCGCUCUCGUGCGUCCUCAUUCCGCUGGUACUGGCCAAGAAGGACCUGGCGACGACCAUGAUGGCGCAGACGUUUGCCUUUGUCACCUUCAACAAGGUGUGCACCUCGCAGUAUUUCCUCUGGUACAUGAUCUUCCUGCCCUUGUACCUCCCCACCUCGACAUUCCUGCGCAAGCCGCGCCUGGGCAUGACGGCGUUGGUCCUAUGGCUCGUCUCGCAAGGAGCGUGGCUGCACCAGGGGUACGAGCUGGAGUUUUUGGGACGCAGCACCUUCUUCCCUGGCCUGUGGGCGUCAUCCGUGGCCUUCUUCCUGGUCAACUGCUGGAUUCUGGGCGUCAUCAUCAGCGACGGGGGGGCCCACACAGCACCCAAGGCGCGUACAGAAUAG